AUGAGCACCAAUGGCAGCACGCUGGGUCAGCUCCUCUGGCAGAGGCCCAUGUGCAGUAGCUGGGAGCAGAAUACGGAAGGGUCUGUCUACCACCUGGCCAACUGCUUCUUGCUCAUGGGCUUUAUGGCAGGCAGCGGGGUGUAUGGAUGCUUCUAUCUUUUCGGCAUCCUGGGCCCAGGCUACCUCUGCUAUGGGCUGUGGGGUUGGUUUGAUGCCUGCGGACUAGACAUCAUCCUUUGGAACUUCCUGUUGACUGUGGCUUGCCUGCUUCAGCUGGCAUAUCUGGUAUAUCGCCUUCGGGUGAAUACCCUCCCUGAGGAGUUCAGCCUCCUCUACAGGACUCUGUGCCUGCCCCUGCAGGUGCCCCUGCAGGUCUACAAGGAAAUUGUCCACUGCUGCCAGGAGCAGGUCUUGACACUGGCCACAGAGCAGACCUAUGCCGUGGAGGGGGAGACACCCAUCAACCGCUUGUCCCUGCUCCUCUCUGGCCGGGUUCGAGUGAGCCAGGAUGGGCAGUUUCUGCACUACAUCUUUCCGUACCAGUUCCUGGACUCUCCCGAGUGGGAGUCAUUGCAGCCUUCUGAGGAGGGGAUCUUCCAGGUCACGCUGACUGCCGAGACCGAAUGCAGCUACAUUUCCUGGCCCCGGAAAAAUCUCCACCUUCUUCUAAACAGAGAGCAAUACAUCUCCCGCCUCUUCGCAGCCCUGCUGGGCUAUGACAUCUCUGAGAAGCUCUACACCCUCAAUGACAAGCUGUUUGCUAAGUUUGGGCUGCGCUUCGACAUCCGCCUCCCCAGCCUCUACCACGUGCUGGGGGCCUCAGCCUCAGAUGGAGGACCGGAGUCGGAGAAGGACGACGAAGAAGUCUUUGAGGCAGCUGUGUCCCCUGCUCAGGCCAGGCCCAUCUGUAUCCUGCCCACAGCCCCUUGUUCCCCACCUCCAGCUACCACCAACUUCCCUGUGCCUCUGUCUCAGGCCAGGAUGUCCAGACCUGACAGCGGCACCCUGGCUUCCAGAACUCCUCUCCAGAACUCUUGUCAGGUUAUGUCCAGAGCACAGGCCCCUUUGGCUCCAACCCAUACUCCUGAACUUUAAGGAUCAUAGAGCUGCUGUGUCAGUGGCCAGAUGGCUCUCUUCCAUGUUCCCUGAAUGGUCACAUCCCUCCUAUCAUCCAUCUUAAAGAUCUGGGGGCACGAUGGGAGACGGACAUGCCCUGCCGGCACCACAACUGCCCCAAGGGUGCCAUGGAGAAACUUAGCUUCAUCAACUUUACUCGUAGGAGGAAGGUCCAGAGGCAUCAGGCCUGACUCCUUCUUUUAUGGCUUGUAGGACCUUGGCUGGUUACACAGCCUCUGAGCCUGAUCUGUCAAGUGGGGCCAGGAACUCACCUCACAGGGUUGUUGUGAGGAGCCAAUGAGUUGAUUGGAUAGAGCACCCAUGGUGUGGCAUGGCCUUGGGCAUGCACUCACUAAAAGCACCCCAUGCCUCUCCCGAUGUUGUGGCUUUAAUUUGUCUGAAAGGAUCCAGUGAAUUUUCCGUGUGGUUAUUUUUUUGUUCCCAAAUAAGUUGUUUUUUUUUUAGCCGAGGAUCGCCCAAAUAAGUUUCUAUUGGAAUAGAAAAUUUUUUAAGCCCUGAUAAUAAUAAUGCUUUGCUGAAUCUAUUCUACGUCGUUCUUCUUUUCAAAGUUCCUUGUAUGUUCUGGUUACCUGAUGCUGUGUCACAGCUAUCCCUAAUACAGUGACUCCAGACGGUUGUCAUUAUUUGUAUUGCAGUGGGGACUAGCUUGGGCAGCUAGGCAGUGCUCACCUAGCUCCGUGCUAUUUCUCAUGCGGCUGCUCUCCGUACAUGCUUGGAGCGGGAGGCAUCUCAAAGGCCUCCUCAGUCAACCUGUCUGGGGUGAGACUAGAAAACUCAUCAGGACUGAUGGGCUGAGGAGCCUCGCCCCAUCUCCAGUGGUGGGCUGUGGCUGACAUGUAACUCUCUAGUAUAUGAAUAUACCACGAUGCACUCAUGCAGUCUACUCUUGGUAUGCACGUGGAUUAUUUCCAGCUUGAAGUGAUUAAAACGGUGUUCCUGUGGACAUCCUUGUACAGAUGUUUUGGGAUGCAUAUAUUUGCAUUCCCUAUACCUGGGAGUGGUACCCUCAAGGCACGACUCAGGCAUUGAGUGUGUACACGGUCAACGACUGUGGAUUCUGCCAAAAAGUUUUCCUCAAUGGCUGUGCCAACGUGCAUUCCUUUCAGCAGUGAUUGAGAAUCCCUCUCCAGUAGUUGUCAUGAUAUUUUCCUCAUCUUUGCCUUUUGGGCAUGAAUAGCAGCAUUUCAUUGUGGCUACAGUUUUAAUUUUCCUGAUGAAUACUAAUACCUUUUUUUUCUGCCCCCCCCCCUUUCUUGGCUAGCCUGGAGGCUAGCAAACUCCAGCUUUCUCCCACACCCCCGCCCCAACUUCCUCAAAGCUGAGGCUAACAUGCUGGGACAUGUGGCUUUGUUACAUGACUGUUGGAAUCCCAACUCCAUUCUUCAUGGUGUGAAACAGGUGCCCUUAACCAUGGAGCCAUCUCUCCAGCCCCCCCAAUGCACCCCCCACCCCCACUAUUAUGAAGUGGCUAGUCUCGUCUCUUAGCUAUUUCUCUAUUUGCUUGUUUCUCUUUUCCUUACCAGUUUAGAGAAAUAUUUUAAAUAGCCAGGUUAAAAAUGUUCUGUUGGCUUUUAUACAUUUCCCCCCAAAUACAUACUGUUUCCUCUAACUGGUGCCUUUCGAUGAGCAGAGGUUUGGUUUCCCUGUAGUCUUGGCUUUGCCCUUUUCCUGAGGCUAGGGCUUUCUGUGUCACGUGGAAGGAUCUUGUGUCCCCCUGAAGAUGGCCUCCGUCUCGACCUCCUAGAUGUUUUACAGUUCAUGGUGAGGCCUGGUGACAGCCUGUAAUGGUUUUGAAGUAUGGCAUGAAGCAAGGCUUCGUUUGGGUGUCCGGUUGCCUGGGCAGUGGUUACCGCAAUGGUUAUUUUAACCCUAGUCCUCAUCACCACCUUUGUCAGAAGCCAAAUGUCCCCGUCCCCAAGGCUCUUUUUGGAGCUGUGCCAUUGCUCUGUUUGCUUUUUGUACCAGCCCUGUGCUACAUCCCGGCUCUCCUGUCUGUAGUUCUAUCCAUUAGUAACACCACCUUGUCGUUGUGAUGUCGUGCUAUAGGAAGGUUUGCUAUCUGGGAAUCCAACUGUUCCUCGGGUCUUGGUUGUUAUAGGUCUUUCCCUUUACACAUACAUCUACACAAGCUUUACAACCGGCAUGUCCGUUUUGAAGAACAAACAGAUCAUGUGUGACAAAGCAUUAUCUUUACGACACUGGGUUUUAAACCUGUGAACAUGGUUUGGCAUUUCAUUUACAUUGGUCUCCUUUGAAUCAUAUUUUUUUUGUUGUUUUUGAAGUAGAUGUCCUUGCAUAUUUUUAUAGUUAUUCGAUGAAUUUGAUGUGAUUAUAAAUACUAUCGUUAAAUACUUUUUACAUUCUGAUCAUCCAUGGCUGCUUACAUAAUACAACUAAUUUUUGUGACUUCAUCCUCCACCCAGUGAUUAUGAUAAAUACAUGUAUUGAUUCUCAUUAUUAAUCUAUACGUUCUGCAGCAUUUUCCAAAGAUGAAAUAGUGACAGUUUUAUUUCUCCAUUCCCAGCCCAUACCUCCCCUUCUUCCUUCUCUUCCCUUUCUGGUACCUGUUGGUUAGGUAAGACCUUGUACAGAGACAGAAUGCAUGGCAGACUGUAGCUAGGUAGGACCUUCAGGACAGGGGCAGAGUGUACUGCAGACUGUUGGGUAGGUAGGACCUUCAGGACAACAGAAGGCAUCUUCCUUUUACGCUUAUCUAGAGGAAAAUAUUUUUGAUAUUUCGCCACUAGUCUAAGGGGUGCUGCAAUUUUUGUUUUGUUUUGUUUUUGUUUUUUGUUU